AUGGCCAAGGUCCUUCGCAAUGGACGUUUCCUGCGCCCCUCGGGCCACAAUCCAAAGGACGCUCAAUUCUCAGAUUGUCUUGUACUGGAAGAAGCUUCAGGCAACAUUCUCCAUGUCGGGUCCGACAGCGACGGCGCAGUUCAGAGCGCGAUUUCUUCAGGUGCACAGGUUCUCGACAUGGAGAACCGAGUAAUUAUCCCAGGCUUCAUCGAUAGCCAUAUGCAUCUUCUGUUGACGGGAGAAACUUUAAACAAGUUGGACAUCAGUGGGUGCGAUACCCUUGAAGAAAUUCGGACAGCUAUUCGCACCUACGCAAAGGAACACCCUGACCUUGAUCGGAUCUCGUGCUGCAACUGGUUUCAGACGUCUACCAACGGAGAAGCCUUUGCAAGUCAGCUUGAUGAUCUUGACCCACGACCUAUUUACAUUUCAGCGUAUGAUAUGCAUUCCAGGUGGUGCAAUACGGCGGCGCUGAACGAACUCCAAGUUGCUGACCUGGAAGAUCCGCCUGGUGGCACAAUUCACAGAGAUGGAACUGGAAAACCAAGUGGUCUCCUAUCGGAAUCUGCUGCCCUGACAAUUGUAGAUCCGUUUCUGAGUAAACAGCUCUCGUUGACACAAAAGAUGGAUUUCAUUGACGAUGCCAUCAAGGCGUACAUCGCUAGUGGAUAUACCGGUCUCAUUGACAUGGCCAUGGACGAAGUGACUUGGGGUAUCAUUCUGGACUACCGCAAGAGGUGCGGCGGACGUCUUCCUGUAUGGCUCGCAACACACUGGUUUGUCUUACCUCAGAAGACUCCGGAGGAGAAUCUUGCGCUGGUAGACAAGGCAAUUGAGAUGAAGAAGCAGUACAACGAGACGACUUCACCGGAUUGCCGCAUCACGGGUAUCAAAGUCAUGUGUGACGGCGUUGUCGAUGCCUGCACAGCAAGCCUUAUGGAACCCUACUCUCAUAACGGGGGGAAUGAACCGGCCGUAUGGACUGUGGAGGAGCUUGUUCCAAUUUUGAAGAAAGCCGACGAUGCUGGCUUACAGAUUGCCAUACACGCCAUUGGCGAUGCUGCCAUCCGAGUAGCCAUUGACUCUCUAGAAAGAGUUGGAAACCCAGCAGGACGACAUCGAAUCGAACACUUGGAAACCUGUUCGCCAGACGACGUCGCACGCCUAGGAAAGCUCGGCAUCACUGCCUCCGUCCAGCCAGUUCACAGUGAUCCGUCCAUCUUGCAAGCCUGGCCGAAACUACUUGGCCCCAAGAGAUGCGAGCACGUCUUCCCCUACAACGGCUUCGCUGAGCACGGAGCCACUGUUGCGAUAGGAACUGAUGCUCCGACCGCAUCACACCUUGUUUUCCCGAAUCUCUACACUGCGACGACUCGGCGGUCAGGGAGAAAACCAGAGCUAGAGAAGCAGACGGCUCCCAAGUUUGCACUUAGUCUUGCAGCUGCUAUGGCGGCUGCGACACAGGGUGCUGCCUACAGUUGCUUUGCCGAUAGUCGCGUGGGUAGAUUGGAAGAGGGGAAGGUUGCAAAUCUUGCCGUGAUUGAUAUGGUUUGGGAUCCUACGAAGUUGUUGGAAGCUAAAGUGGUGGAAACGUGGUAUCAAGGACGCAAGAUUUUCGGGUGA